AUGGGUACCAACGGAGCUCGAUAUUGGCCUCGCCGUCCAGAACUACUUCGACGCCAGGGCUUGGCAACCUGUCCCGAUGCGGCACUUCGACCGGACAGAGCGAAUGAGAAGGCAGAACAGCUGUGCACCAUUAACCCCGACAUUCCACGGAGGGGAACCGUGCAGCAGGCAUCUUGUUUAGCCUCACGUUGGAUUUUCAAGGGGGCAUUGAAAGAGAAGAUCCAGAUGAUAGGAAACUUCACAUAA